AUAAUGUUCGGCUCUCAUGAACUUUUAUUGUGAAUUCGUUUCUCGCCUCAUUCAACGAUCCAAUCAGGACAGGCGAAUUCGCACAUGCGUAGUGCACCAGGAAGUCGAUUUAGGAUUACCUUACAAACAAAAGUUUAUAAUCCUUAGAAAGGCAGUUGUAGUGGUUCCAAAACACGCGCGUACAUAAAGUACACAUGAUGGCGAGCUGUGACCCUGCCGCCGCGACAGGCAGCCUGAGUGAGGAGUUCGCUGCACCGGCUCAUGUCGAGGAGGUACGGAGUGCGAUGGCGGCGUUUGCGGAGCAGCAUGCAGCUUUAGGGCGCAUGGUUGUGCUCAUCACUUCAGGAGGUACCAAAGUUCCGCUGGAGUCCAGGACGGUGCGCUUUUUGGACAACUUCAGCAGCGGCCGGCGUGGAGCCUCGUCAGCGGAGUAUUUUCUCGCCCAUGGUUAUGCUGUGAUCUUCCUGCACAGACACCGCUCUCUGUACCCGUACACGCGCCUCUACACCGGUAUCAAUCUGCUCGACUGUCUGACAUUAGACACUGUUCAGGUUGGCACUAAAAUAGUCACAGUGGAUCAGACUAAGCUGCCAAACAUCACAGAGGUCCUGAAUCGGUUCCAGGCAGUGAAAUCUGCGGGCUUACUUCUUCCAGUGGAGUUCAGCACCUUGUCUGAGUAUCUCCACCUUCUCAAAGCUGCAGCACAAGCACUAAGUUCAAUAGGUUCCAAAGCCAUGUUUUAUUUGGCUGCAGCGGUUUCUGAUUUUUACAUCCCAGCUUCUGAAAUGCCAGAGCACAAAAUACAGUCCUCCAAUGGACCUCUACAGAUAAGCAUGAAAAUGGUACCCAAAAUCCUUAAGCCACUGGUAAAGGACUGGGCCCCAAAAGCAUUCGUCAUUUCAUUCAAGCUGGAAACGGAUCCAUCCAUCCUGUUGGAGCGAGCUCGUUUCGCUUUGAACACCUACAAACACCAGGCAGUGGUUGCCAAUGUCCUGGACACGCGGCAUGGUUAUGUAGUCAUCGUGACUAAAGACUCCCAGGAAGAACUGGUCCUUGCAGAUGAAGAAGCUCAGAAAGAUGUUGAAAUUGAGGAGAAGAUUGUCAAGAAUUUGUCACAUGCACACACUCAGUUCAUAAACCAAAAAUGUUAGAAUUUCAUUAUGUUGUCCAUCUUCCAACUCCUUGUUCUUCAUUUCACUAAAACAUUAGAGGUCCAGAUGCAGGUUUAGAUCAGUGGAAAAUGAAGACUCGUACAGUAAAACUAUAACCAAUUAUGACUUCCCAUAAAUAAUCAUUUUAAUUAUUGGUUUGUAUCAAAUAACCUGUUUUAAUUUUUCCCUCAGACAUCAACAGGGAAGCAGAACUGAACCGUUAAAAAAAACAGUUUCAGAAUAAGUCAGUAUAAUCGCUGCUGCAUGAUACAUUUUUGUUUACAUCUAUUUUUUGUUUAAUGGAUGUACAUGUCAUAAAUGGUUUGCAAAUAAACAUCUGCUAUUACCCAAAA